GGGGUUUUCAGUGGCUGCUUUUUUGGGGAAGUAGAUUGCCUGGUCUUUCUUUGAGGUGCCACUGGGUGCACUCUAACCUCUAGCCUUUCAAUGAGCAGCUGAGCGCGUUAACCAUUGGCGCCGUCCAGGGAUAAAGCAGGCAUAAAAAACAAACCAAACCCAUUGCUGUCAAGUUGAUUCUGACUUCGUAGUGACCCUGUGGGACAGAGUAGAACUGCUCCAUAGAGUUUCCAAGGAGCGCCUGGUGGAUUUGAACUGCCGACCUUUUGGUUAAUAGCUGUAGCACUUAAGCACUAUACCACCAGGGUUUCCAAAGCAGGCAUAGCCCUGCUUUAAAGAAGGCAUCGUGAGCCCUGAACAUUCUGAUGAGCAGUCCACAGGAGUGAGGCUCCCUGCUGUUGCACACAAAUUUGUGGAGAAGUCAGCUGAAGGAAUCUCUGGAGGGUGCACUCUUAGGUAGAGGGUCAGGUUGAAUUUAAUAACCAUGCCGUGCGUGGGAAACUAUCCCAUCUGUCAAGGCCUCCACUGAGAACGAGCUUCUGUAACUUGUGUAAUACAUUAUGAGGUUGAACUCACUCACUUUACCUUCUAAAGUUAUCGAUUAUAUAGAAAACUAAAAUCAGUCCAGGUCUGAUAUGUUUCUUUUUCCAUGUUCUGUUAUCAACUUGGAAGCAGAGUGGUUAGUCACUGUUUUUUAUAAAAAGUAAUAAUAAUAAUGUUAAUUGCUUUCUUUUUUGGUGUAAUAGUAACAACACCAAAAAAAAAAACCUUGAAACUCAUUGCUGUCGAGUCAAUUCCAACUCUUAGUGACCCUAUAGGAUGGGGUAGAACUGCCCCAUAAGGUUUCCAGGGAUGGGGUGGUGGAUUUGAACUGCCAACCUUUUGGUUAGCAGCCAAGCUCUUAAACACUAUGCCUCCAGGGCUCCAGGAGUAAAAAUAGCAAAAAUACUUAAAUAGUGCCUUACACUGGGCCACACACUUGUUUUAAGCCCAGUAAGAAUACCAUGGGAGUCCCUGGGCUACUAACUGAAAGGUUGGCGGUUUGAGUCCACCCAGAGGCUCCUCGCAGAAAGGUCUCAUGACCCACUUCUGAAAAAUCAGCCAUUGAAAACCCUCUGGGGGAAAAUGCAGAACAGAAUUUAAAAUUCUUACGGACUCUAGACUUUCUGGAGCCGUGGAGGCUGGGCGAACCCCUGAAACUAUUGCCCUGAGGUAAAUCUUUAGGUUUUAAACCAAAAAUGUCCCCUCAAGUCUUCUUAAAACAAAUAGUUUAGCUUAAUUAGUAAAAAAAAAAAAGUCUGCCCUGAGCAUUAUGCUCUUUUUAGAACUAUAUGUGUGGGAUCAAAUCCACAACAGCAACUUGAAAGUUUAGAUAGGAAAGCUCAGAGGGCAGUGAGUUUAUGUUAAUUGGGGAGGAAAACUCGGAAAAAGGAUGAGAAUGGUUGUACAGCUCAAAGAAUGUAAUCAGUGUCACUGAUCUGAACAUGUAGAAAUGGUUGCAUCGAUACAGGUUUUGCUGUGUAUAUUCUCAGCAACAAUAACAAAAUAAAAAUAAAAUAAAUACUAAAAAAACCCAAAAAACAGCCCUGUUGAGCCCAGUUCUACUCUGACACAUAACGGGGUCGCCAUGAGCUGGAAUCAACUGGUCAGCAGCUGCGUCUUUUAAGCACAUGAUUUUAGUUAAUUCUCACAGCUCUGGGAGGUAUGGACACUAUCGUCCCUGUUUCUACAGAUGAGGAAGCCGCAGCACAGAGUGGUUAGCUAACUUACUCAAAAAAAAAAUUUGCACGUUUAAUAAGCAGCAGAGCCAGGAUGCAGACAUCUAGUCAGGUUCCCAAAGCCCAGAGGGGGUGAUGAAAAAAAUCCUACCUGUAUAUACAUACACAAUAUGUAUAAUUUAUGCAUGAAAAUGAACUCAUGUUCGUGCUUGGUCAUGAGACUAUAAAGAUGAAAAAGAAAACAUUCCUGUUUUUAAAAAAAAAUUAAAAAUUGUUGGGGGGGGGAAAAAAACCCCAACUCAUAGCAACCCUAUAGGACACAGUAGGGCUGCCCCACAGGGUUUUCAAGGCUGUAAAUCUUCACUGAAACAGACUGCUACAUCUUCUCCCCUGGAUCCGCUAGGUGUUCAAACUGCCAGCCUUUCGGUUAGCAGUCAAGAGCUUAACUGCUGUGCCACCAAGGCUCUUAAAAAUUGCCGGAGAAAGGCCAAGUUAUAAGUGACAGAACAAUAGUGGUUGGCCAGCACAACCAGAUGGACGAAGAGAAUGAUGGUCACGCCUGAAGAAGUUGGAAAUAUAAGCAGAAUUGGUGACUUUUCCAGGUUCCUGGGAAGGAGGCAGGCCGGUAGUUGUUUUGGGAUCUCCUCGCUGUGGAGAGUUAUCACUACCAAGAGAAAAGCCAGAAGCCAGCGGUGCAGAAAGCCCUAGACUCGCUUUCAUCAGGAAAAAUCAUCCUGUGACCUUAGCAGCAGCGUCCUGGUAAAUGGAUUAUACGUGGAAACGGCAGCGGAGACCCACAGAUGCCAGGUCAAAGAGUAUAGCUCUUCCACGGGGAGAGACAGCAGAGGCAAAACCGAAGCUAAUCGAGCCACUCGACUAUGAAAAUGUCAUUGUUCAGAAGAAGACGCAGAUCUUGAACGAUUGUUUGAGGGAGAUGCUGCUUUUCCCUUAUGAUGACUUUCAGACUGCGACCCUCAGGCGGCAGGGCAGAUACAUGUGCCCCACAGUUCCUGCCAACGCCGAGCAGGAAGCCCAGAGCUUGUUCGUUAGAGAGUGCAUCAAAACCUAUAACUCAGACUGGCACGUUGUGAAUUAUAAAUAUGAAGAUUACUCAGGAGAGUUUCGGCAGCUGCCAAACAAAGUGGCAAAGUUGGAGAAGCUUCCCGUUCACGUCUAUGAAGUCGAUGAGGAGGCUGACAAAGAUGAGGAUGCUGCCUCCCUCGGUUCUCAGAAAGGUGGGAUCACCAAGCACGGCUGGCUGCACAAAGGCAACAUGAACAGCGCGAUAAGUGUGACCAUGAGGUCAUUUAAGAGGCGGUUUUUCCACCUGAUUCAACUUGGUGAUGGAUCCUAUAAUUUGAAUUUUUAUAAAGACGAAAAGAUCUCCAAGGAACCAAAAGGAUCAAUAUUUCUGGAUUCCUGCAUGGGUGUGGUCCAGAACAACAAAGUCAGGCGUUUUGCUUUUGAGCUAAAGAUGCAAGACAAAAGCAGUUAUCUUUUGGCAGCAGACAGUGAAAUGGAGAUGGAGGAAUGGAUCACAACUUUGAACAAGAUUCUCCAGCUCAACUUUGAAGCGGCGAUGCAAGAAAAGCGGAAUGGAGACUCUCAUGAAGAUGACGAGCAAAGCAAAUUGGAAGGUUCUGGUUCCGGCUUAGAUAGCUACCUGCCUGAGCUUGCCAAGAGUACCAGAGAAGCAGAAAUCAAACUGAAAAGUGAAAGCAGAGUUAAGCUUUUUCACUUGGACCCUGAUGCCCAGAAGCUCGACUAUCCAUCCGCCGAGCCAGAAGUGAAGCCCUUUGAGGAGAAGUUUGGAAAACGAAUUCUGGUCAGGUGCAACGAUUUGUCUUUCAAUUUGCAAUGCUGUGUCGCUGAAAAUGAAGAAGGACCCACUACAAAUGUAGAGCCUUUCUUUGUUACCCUAUCCCUGUUUGACAUAAAAUACAACCGAAAGAUUUCUGCUGAUUUCCACGUGGACCUGAACCAUUUCUCAGUGAGGCAGAUGCUGGCCACCAUGCCCCCGGCCCUGGUGAACGGUGGCGGGCAGACCUCACCUGGGCUUCAGGAUGUCCUUCCGGAAGCCGCCAUGCAGUAUCCCAAGCAGGGGGUAUUUUCAGUCACCUGUCCUCAUCCAGAUAUAUUUCUUGUGGCCAGGAUCGAGAAGGUCCUCCAGGGGAGCAUCACACACUGUGCUGAGCCAUACAUGAAGAGUUCGGACUCCUCUAAGGUUGCCCAGAAGGUGCUGAAGAAUGCCAAGCAGGCAUGCCAAAGACUAGGACAGUACCGAAUGCCGUUUGCUUGGGCAGCAAGGACGUUGUUUAAGGAUGCAUCUGGAAACCUUGACAAGAACGCCAGGUUUUCUGCUCUUUACAAGCAGGACAGCAAUAAACUAUCAAAUGAUGAUAUGCUGAAGUUACUGGCAGACUUUCGGAAACCUGAGAAGAUGGCUAAGCUUCCAGUGAUUUUAGGCAACCUAGACAUUACAAUUGAUAACGUUUCCUCUGACUUUCCUAAUUAUGUUAAUUCGUCCUACCUUCCCAUGAAGCAAUUUGAAGCCAGUACUAAAACUCCAAUCACCUUUGAAGUAGAGGAAUUUGUGCCCUGCAUACCCAAACACACUCAGCCGUACACCAUCUACAAUAACCACUUCUAUGUUUAUCCGAAGUGCUUGAAAUAUGACAGUCAAAAGUCUUUUGCCAAGGCCAGAAACAUUGCUGUUUGUGUUGAGUUUAAAGAUUCCGAUGAAGAAGAAGCUCAGCCGCUGAAGUGCAUUUACGGUAGACCUGGGGGGCCAGUGUUCGUGAGAAGUGCCUUUGCUGCGGUUUUACACCAUCACCAAAAUCCGGAAUUUUAUGAUGAGAUUAAAAUAGAAUUACCUACCCAGCUACACGAAAAGCACCACUUACUGUUCACAUUCUUCCACGUCAGCUGCGAUAAUUCAAGUAAAGGAAGCACAAAGAAGAAGGACGUCAUUGAAACACAAGUUGGAUAUUCCUGGCUCCCUCUCCUGAAAGAUGGCAGGGUGGUGACGAAUGAGCAGCAGACUCCUGUGUCGGCGAAUCUUCCAUCUGGCUACCUUGGCUACCAGGAGGUUGGGAUGGGCAAGCAUUAUGGUCCAGAAAUUAAAUGGGUAGAUGGAGGCAAGCCACUGUUGAAAGUUUCAACUCAUCUGGUUUCUACAGUGUACACUCAGGAUCAGCAUUUACAUAAUUUUUUCCAGUACUGUCAAAAAACCGAAUCUGGAGCCCAGGCCUUAGGGAAUGAACUUGUAAAAUACCUUAAGAGUCUUCACGCAAUGGAAGGCCACGUGAUGAUUGCCUUCUUGCCCACCAUCUUAAACCAGCUGUUCCGAGUCCUCACCAGAGCCACCCAGGAGGAGGUCGCCGUCAACGUGACUCGGGUCAUUAUUCAUGUGGUUGCCCAGUGCCAUGAGGAAGGAUUGGAGAGCCACUUGAGGUCAUAUGUUAAGUAUGCUUAUAAGGCUGAGCCAUAUGUUGCCUCUGAAUAUAAGACAGUGCACGAAGAACUGACCAAAUCCAUGACCACAAUUCUCAAGCCUUCUGCCGAUUUCCUCACCAGCAACAAACUACUUAAGUAUUCAUGGUUCUUCUUUGAUGUUUUGAUAAAAUCCAUGGCUCAGCAUUUGAUAGAGAACUCCAAAGUUAAGUUACUGCGAAACCAGAGGUUCCCUGCAUCCUACCACCACGCAGUGGAAACUGUCGUUAACAUGCUGAUGCCACACAUCACUCAGAAGUUCAGAGAUAACCCAGACGCAUCGAAGAACGCAAAUCAUAGCCUUGCUGGUUUCAUCAAGAGAUGUUUCACCUUCAUGGACAGGGGCUUUGUUUUUAAGCAGAUCAACAACUACAUCAGCUGCUUUGCCCCUGGAGACCCAAAGACCCUUUUUGAAUACAAAUUUGAAUUUCUCCGUGUGGUGUGCAAUCACGAACAUUACAUUCCUUUGAAUUUACCAAUGCCAUUUGGGAAAGGCCGAAUUCAAAGAUAUCAAGAUCUCCAGCUUGAUUACUCGCUAACAGAUGAAUUCUGCAGAAACCACUUCCUGGUGGGGCUACUGCUGAGGGAGGUGGGGACUGCUCUUCAGGAGUUUAGAGAAGUCCGUCUGAUUGCCAUCAGCGUGCUCAAGAACCUGCUGAUAAAACAUUCUUUUGAUGACAGAUACGCUUCAAGGAGCCAUCAAGCAAGGAUAGCCACUCUCUACCUACCUCUGUUUGGUCUGCUUAUUGAAAAUGUCCAGCGGAUCAAUGUGAGGGAUGUGUCACCCUUCCCUGUGAACCCCGGCAGUACUGUGAAGGAUGAGUCACUUAGCUUGCCAGCUGCGAACCCAUUAGUGACACCACAGAAGUCUGGCAACACGUUGGAUAACAACCUGCACAAAGAUCUCUUUGGUGCUAUCUCCGGCAUCGCUUCUCCAUAUACGACUUCAACCCCAAAUAUCAGUAGUGUAAGGAACGCCGACUCGAGAGGCUCCCUCAUAAGCACAGAUUCGGGGAACAGCCUUCCAGAAAGGAAUAGUGAAAAAACCAACUCCCUGGAUAAGCACCAGCAAAGUGGCACUUUGGGAAAUGCUGUGGUUCGGUGUGACAAGCUUGACCAGUCUGAGAUCAAGAGCCUGUUGAUGUGUUUCCUGUACAUCCUAAAAAGCAUGUCUGAUGAUGCUUUAUUUACCUAUUGGAACAAGGCUUCAACAUCUGAACUUAUGGAUUUUUUUACGAUAUCUGAAGUCUGCUUGCAUCAGUUCCAGUACAUGGGAAAACGAUACAUAGCCAGGAACCAAGAGGGGUUGGGACCCAUAGUUCAUGAUCGAAAGUCUCAGACAUUGCCCGUUUCCCGUAACAGAGCAGGGAUGAUGCAUGCCAGAUUGCAGCAGCUGAGCAGCCUGGAUAACGCUCUCACUUUUAACCACAGCUAUGGCCACUCGGAUGCGGAUGUUCUUCACCAGUCCUUACUUGAAGCCAACAUCGCUACUGAGGUCUGCCUGACGGCUCUCGACACGCUCUCCCUGUUUACACUGGCAUUUAAGAACCAGCUCCUGGCUGACCAUGGACAUAACCCUCUCAUGAAAAAAGUUUUUGACGUUUACCUGUGUUUUCUUCAAAAACAUCAGUCAGAAACCGCUUUAAAGAAUGUCUUCACUGCCUUAAGGUCAUUGAUUUAUAAGUUUCCGUCGACGUUCUAUGAAGGGAGAGCGGACAUGUGUGCUGCCCUGUGCUAUGAGACCCUCAAGUGCUGCAACUCCAAGCUGAGCUCCGUCAGAACUGAGGCUUCCCAGCUGCUCUACUUUCUCAUGAGGAACAACUUCGACUACACCGGGAAGAAGUCCUUCGUGCGGACCCACCUGCAGGUCAUCAUCUCUGUCAGCCAGCUGAUAGCAGACGUUGUUGGCAUUGGGGGGACCAGAUUCCAGCAGUCCUUGUCUAUCAUCAACAACUGUGCCAACAGCGACAGGCUUAUUAAGCACACGACCUUUUCCUCGGAUGUGAAGGAUUUGACCAAAAGGAUACGCACAGUCCUGAUGGCCACCGCUCAGAUGAAGGAGCACGAGAACGACCCGGAGAUGCUAGUGGACCUCCAGUACAGCUUGGCCAAGUCCUACGCGAGCACCCCUGAGCUCAGGAAGACAUGGCUUGACAGCAUGGCCAGAAUCCACGUCAAAAACGGGGAUCUCUCGGAGGCAGCAAUGUGCUACGUCCACGUCACAGCCCUGGUGGCCGAAUAUCUCACACGUAAAGAAGCAGACACACCACUGCGCCGGGAGCCAGCCCUCCCCCACAGCCACAGCACCGGCCAGAGGAGGAGCCGGGGAGGUAUGUUUAGACAAGGAUGUACAGCCUUCAGGGUAAUUACCCCAAACAUAGAUGAGGAGGCCUCCAUGAUGGAAGACGUGGGCAUGCAGGAUGUCCAUUUCAACGAGGAUGUGCUGAUGGAACUUCUAGAACAGUGUGCAGACGGGCUCUGGAAGGCUGAGCGCUACGAGCUGAUUGCCGACAUCUACAAACUCAUCAUCCCCAUUUACGAGAAGCGGAGGGACUUUGAGAGAUUGGCCCACCUGUAUGACACGCUGCACCGGGCUUACAGCAAGGUGACCGAGGUCAUGCACUCAGGCCGCAGGCUCCUGGGCACCUACUUCCGGGUGGCCUUCUUCGGACAGGGAUUCUUUGAAGAUGAAGACGGAAAGGAGUAUAUUUACAAAGAACCCAAACUCACGCCUCUGUCAGAAAUUUCUCAGAGACUUCUUAAACUCUACUCUGACAAAUUUGGUUCUGAAAAUGUCAAGAUGAUACAGGACUCUGGCAAGGUCAACCCCAAGGACCUGGAUUCCAAGUACGCAUAUAUACAGGUGACUCAUGUGACCCCGUUCUUUGACGAGAAAGAAUUGCAAGAAAGGAAGACCGACUUUGAGAGAUCGCACAACAUCCGUCGCUUCAUGUUCGAGAUGCCCUUCACGCAGACAGGAAAGAGGCAGGGGGGCGUCGCGGAGCAGUGCAAGCGGCGCACAGUCCUCACAGCAAUCCACUGCUUCCCCUACGUGAAGAAGCGGAUCCCCGUCAUGUACCAGCACCACACCGACCUGAACCCCAUCGAGGUGGCCAUCGACGAGAUGAGCAAGAAGGUGGCUGAGCUCCGGCAAGUGUGUGCCUCAGCCGAGGUGGACAUGAUCAAGCUGCAGCUUAAGCUGCAGGGCAGCGUGAGCGUCCAGGUCAACGCUGGUCCACUGGCAUAUGCCCGAGCUUUCUUAGAUGACACAAACACAAAGAGAUACCCUGACAAUAAAGUGAAGUUGCUUAAGGAAGUUUUCAGGCAAUUUGUGGAAGCUUGUGGUCAAGCCUUAGCGGUAAAUGAACGUCUGAUUAAAGAAGACCAGUUAGAGUAUCAGGAAGAAAUGAAGGCCAACUACAGGGAAAUGGCAAAAGAGCUUUCUGAAAUUAUGCAUGAGCAGAUCUGCCCCCUGGAGGAGAAGUCAAGCGUCCUACCGAAUUCACUUCACAUCUUCAACGCCAUCAGCGGGACUCCAACAAGCACGACGGUUCAUGGGAUGACCAGCUCUUCUUCAGUGGUGUGACCAGGCCUCGUGGACUGGGGUGUGGACUCACUGUAUCAUUUGCAAACUCAGGAUGAUUUCCGAUGCCAAUCAGUGCGAUUGUGCAAGACACGAAGGCUGAGCACAAGGGGAGAGAAAGACACAGAACUGUGUUAUUUCAGAGCAGCUUCUCUAUAGAUGUAAAAAGAGGGUACACAUAUUUUUUUAAAAUCUGUUUUCAUUGUGUCUUAGCAGAGGUGUGUGGUGGGCACUCUCAGCUGGAGUAAAAUGUUACCUUCUGUGCAGAGUCAUCGUAAAAGAAAUGGCCUAAAGAACACAGGUGUUAAUGUACAUAGCAGCUACAGGAGCACUGAAAUUGAGGCUAAGCUGGAAAAUCUUGAAAUAUUUUUUUUUUCCUGUGGCACAUUCAGGUUGAAUACGAGAACUAUUUUUGUGACUAGUUUUUGAUGACUAAGGGAAUUGACCAAUGUAAUUUUUGUACCGGUGAGCCAGGAGGUUUAGUGCUUUUAUACUCAUUUACUUGCAUUUAAAAACUAUGAAAGCUUAAGAAACUAUGUGAGCUUAAAACUAGUCAAGCGGUUUAGAACCAAAGGCCUGUAUUAAUAAACUUAACUAUGCUAAAAAUGAAAAGGUAGUAAAUUGUUAUGUACAUAUCAUUUGUUAAUAGUCUGGGGAUUCUGUACAGACGUGUAUUACAUUUCUAUACAUCUGUAGUACAUCAGCUUCUGUGUUGAGUUUGUGACGAAUUUGUGGUGUUCUCGGUAUAUGCAAAAGACAUUUGACUUUACUGUUUUAUCCUUGUACAUAAAUAAGUGCAAUACGGAGGUGUAUACAGUCUUUGCUAUGUUAGGUUUAUAAACUGUUUUAAAAAUUUCAUCCUUUUGCCAAAGUGAUGGAGUAUGUAAGCGGUGAAUCAUAAAUCCUGUGGUGAACGGUGGGAUAGUUGACGCUUUCACCAUGUUAUAUUUUCUUUGAAGACAUUAGUAAUUUUAUAUUUGGGGAAAUAAAGGUUUUUAAUUUUAUUUAACUGGAACCACUGCCCUGCUGUAAUUAAACAGUCUGUACCACGUCUGUAUUAAAAACAACAUGGCUGAAU